UUAUACUACUGUGUAUCGUGGAAGGACUGUGAGUGACACACUGCAAAGGCUGCAUUCAAUUAGACAUAUACUGAAAAAACACAUGUAGCCCAAGGAGGGUCUAUUAAAAAGAAGCCUUGGCUGACAGUGGUAUGAUUUUAAAGAACAGUAGCUUAAAGGUGAAGGGAAGAAGACUGCACAGAAUUUUAGGUAAAAUAAGCACAAAACCCUUUACAAAAAACACUACUUCCAAGCACAUCCACAUGACUGCAGAUUGAAAGCAUCUGGAUGGCUUUGAGAGGAAAAGAAAACAGAGCCAUGUGAAUGGAUACAUUACUACCAGCUGAUGGAACUCUUAUAGGAUUCUAAGGGAAUGAGGACCACAGGUUCCUGGUGAGGACUGGGUCUCUGUGGCCCCUGGGUGGCUGCUCUCUCCAGCCAACUGAACUCUUGAGACAUGAUAACUCCAGGCCCUCCAUCCUCUUCAUAGCUGCCAUCUGCUGCUUGGGAAAAGAUGCUGAAGUCAACUCAUGUGAAGGCCCUGAGAUUAUGGCUGAGGAUGCGAUUGAAGAGAAGUCCGGUUCUUGGUUUUUGCUUCCUGUGUGCCUUGUCUGUGGCAUUAAUUAAUAGUUUGCCCUCGAUUCCCGCAGACAGUAAUGGAAAAACUGAUUUUCUGCAACUUAUACAGCACAGGAAGGCUUCCCGACACAAAAGAUUGUGGACUGACACGAGAGACUCUGUGCCAAAGCUGCUCCAAAGCUCUGACCACAGGAGCUGGGAUUUGGGCCCAAAAAUUUCGAGUCAUGGAACACAACCAUUUAUUAAUGCCAGCCACGAUUGCAAGGAGAAAAAUAAUUUAGGUCAGCUUAACCAGCAAUCACUAUGGAAACAUAAUCAUAAAGAAACCAAAGAGCAGAGGACUUUAACCAAAGAACGUUUACAUGGUGUACUUAAUACCACCAACAUAAAACCAAAAAACAUCAUUCUGGAAAGCCAAAUAAAUAAAGCAAGACACAUAUAUUUACAAACUCAUAUAGAUGUUCUUGCAGGCAAGAAUUAUAAUAAGAUCAAGAAAAGAAAGAGCUUAUUUCCGAAACCCAAUGUGGUUAUCAACAAUUCUUGGCACAAAGGAACUGCUCAAUUACAAUUAGUACCUAACCACGACUCAGAUCUCCAGCCAGGAUUUUUCCACUGGCGACCAGAUAAACGUACGGCCUUAUCAGAAGCCGAUAGAAAAGGUCCUGUACUUAAUGGGAAGGCUGCCAGAGAGCACUUAGAUAAUCAAACUGAUUUGGCUCAGGGAACUUCAAACAAAAAUAAAAAACAUUUAGGUUUACAGUGCUCGUCGUUUCAUCAAGUGGCAGUGCAACAAAGAAAGGAAGAAGGUCUCAGCAACCAAGAAACCCCCUGGUUUUCUUCAGAUGACUUACAGAAGAUGAGGUUAUUGUCGAAGGGACAGAUUGUAGCAAAGUCUAGAAUUCCUGCACACGGACAGGUCCUUAAAGUUGUUCUAUGCCACAACUCACUGAUGAGUGAUUGUCAAAUGAAGAUUCAUUGCUCGCAGGGAGUCUGUGGAUUAAUAAAGAGACCCAAUGAUUUAUAUGAAGUUCUAGCAUUUCAUCUUGACAGGAUCCUGGGGCUGAAUAGGAGCCUUCCAGCUGUAGCUCGCAAAUUUAUUAGUGACUUAUUGCCUUAUAAGUAUACCAACGGCGUUGCAAGACCAAUCAUAUGGUGGGCCCCGGACAUUAUGCAUUUAAAUGACACCAACAAUGAUCAGAACUCCCAUGCCGUGGGAUGGUUGGAAUAUCAGACCAUGCUGAAACACAGGUGUGGCAUGGAGGACACUGGUACCCACAUUAAUACACCCCCAUGUGUGGGCAUAAAACAUACAGAAUGGACAAAGCUGUCUCUUUUUGACUUUCUUCUUCAGGUCCAAGAUCGACUGGAUCGUUACUGCUGUGGAUUCAAACCUGACCCUACUGAAUCAUGUGUAGAAGAGCUUAUGCAUGACAAAUGUGGGAACCCAAUGGAACUUGUCUUAGUGCACAUCCUGGUACGUCAAAGUAACCCAUCUCAACUGGUUUAUAUUGACAAUGCUGGACGACCCGAUCACCCUGAAGACAAUCUUAAUUUUAGACUUCUACAAGGCAUAGAUGGGUUUCCGGCGUCCGUUGUGCAACUUCUCAAGUCCGGAUGUUUGCAGAACAUGCUGUUAAAGUCAUUGCAGAUGGACGAUGAGUUCUGGAAAAGCCAAGGAGGCUAUGAAGGGGUAAAGAAAUUAGUUGAGACCAUAAACCGAAGAGGAGAGAUCCUUGUGAAAUACAUAGAUGACCACAAUCUAACCCUUACCUCUCCACUAUAAGAAAAUAAAUUAAAGCAUUCUGUGAUCUGUGAAACAUUUGCCUGGAACUGUUUACUUGCUUUCUAGAUAAUAAAGGAAAUCUCCAAACACAUAAGAAACUUCAGCUAGCUGAAGUGUUUUAUGUGUUAACAUUGUGCCAUUUUUUUUAUUUUAUUUUAUAAAGGUUCUGUUGGCUCCACUGAGCUAACGGAAGCAGAAGGCGUGCUUGGCUAGAGCACGCCUGCUUUUAAUUCUCAAUGAACUGUAUUACAGCUUAUUAAGAAGUGUGAAUAAAAAAGCCAUGCAUGAGAAACCUCUGGUCAAUUUGCCAAGAUAGAUGGGGAAGUCUUCAGUAGCUGCAGAUAUUAGAUCUGCAGCUAUUGCAAGCCAAUUUUUCAAAUACCCCCAAAAAAUACUCCCAAAAUGAAAAUACAUAAGUUGUGUCUUUGCAGGUCUUGGACUUUAAAUUACAUUGCAAAAAAAUAAAUAUAUUACUGACACAACAAGAUCAUGUUACUGUCAAUGUUAGCUACAUCCAAUAAAUCCCCCUCCCCACCUGACCCAAGAUUUAGAAUUCAACAUACACUUUAGUUCUGAUGUUGAUAAAACAUGAACAAUAUGAAUAUUUAGAACUGGUUUGGGAAUCUUUGUCUUAAAGGCUAAACAUUUGUUUGUAUAUAUAUACGUACAGUUUACACAAAAGGUAUGCUCUUGAAUAGUGGAAUGCAUCCUUUUCAACUAUUUUUUAAAUCGCUGACGAAUACAUUUCAGUUGUGAUAUUGGGAGUUUUGAACCGGAUGCAGGUUGCGUAGAACAAUCAGACUCUGAUGUACAUAAUGCACAAGGAGAGUCGUCGAGUUCAUACUCUCUGAAAUGUGAAAUAUAUUUGAUAUAAAUAUGUAUUAUUUGGUUUCCUUGUAUUGUUUUUUUUUUAUUGUUCUCUGGGAUAUAUCCAGACUGUAAUCUACAGAAUCACAUUUACCUAAAGGUAGAGAUUUCUGGAGGAAGCAAAAAUGAGACGAGCACUUCUAGAGAUGAAGCAAGUCUAAAAAUAAAAAUAUUCCAGGUUUGUAUUGUUCCGUCUUUUGAAAAUAUACCACUGAACUGUGUGACUCUACCUUACUAUUUCAGGUAAAGAUGUAGUUAUAGUAUAAUAAAUGUGUUUUGUGAUAAACUGUGUACAUGCCGGUAAUAGGAAUCGAAGCUAACAUGUAAUUUACUUUCAAGAAAAGAAAACAACUUUUUAUGUUUUUAUAUUUUUUCAAUUUCAUAUGUAUUAACUUGAUGCCUAUACUGUAUAUUUUCAGUUUUCAUAAUAAAUG